GCCCGUGCUCUUCUCUUCCCUCAUCACAUUUGUUCAACUUACAAACGACUCUAGAGUGCCCCGAAGUAAAGCAUUUGAAGCGAAGUAAUGAAUGUUUUAUGACGAAGGUUUAACAAAAGACGACGCUGAGAAAAAAAAGAGAGAGAAAGAGGGAUGGAUAAAUAAAUAAAUGAAAACUUCCGCUUCGAAUAAUUUUAUGAAUCGUUUGUACACACAUCAAAACAGAAUUUAUUAUCAAUUGUUAUCAACACUGGGUUGUUACAGCAGAUCACGCUUUCUAAACAGAAGCUUAUCGUUUGUCAUGAUAUUUUUUUCAUCAUCCGCAUGAUCAAUUUCUAUGGAGAGCUUCCGCUGUUGAGAUAAUUCGAAGCCAA